AUGGUUAGCCAGCGUCUAGCUCGACAUUCAUGCAUCUCUCUCUAUCUUCUUCUCUUCUACCAUCUCUACUUCAUCUCUACCAUCUACUAUCAUCUUCUACUAUCUUCUUCUAUCUUCAUCUCUCGAUCUUCUUCUCUUCGCGUUUUCUUCGUCUUUGUUUUGGUGAUCCUUGUCUUAGUCAGCAGGCUCGGCCUUCACCAAAAAACAAAACAACAAGAAAGGUACUUCGAGACAAGAAGACGAGCUGGAAGAAGAGCUGAUCUUGGUGUACAAAGAACAGAUGAAGAGGUAAAAGUUAGAUGGUCAGAUAGAGCAAGGGACGCUCUUCAAGAUGGCACUACUUUCAUCCCAAUACAUGCAUGGAGAGAAAGAUAA